AUGAAAUCUCUUGCAUUAUUCUUUGGUGCGAUUCUUACAACGCUGGUUUGCUUGCUUGUGAUGAUGAGUGGUUUCCAUUCAGCGUUGGUUCUUGCCGCAGGAGCACCACCACAACCCUCCUGUCCCAAUAAUUGCAUCGAUGCAGAUCAUGGUACUUGCGAUACAGCCUCAAGCACUUGUCUGUGUAGUGAUUUGUGGACUGGAUCUGACUGCUCCCUCUCCAUGUGUGGGUGGUCCAAGCAAGCCGUUGAGGGUACUGUGAUGGGAGCACCAACUCCUCUCAUCGACUCUACCAUUGUCGACUCGUCGAGCAUUAAAUUUACCAUGACGGUACAAAAGCAUCCUAUCAUAACGUUCAAUCAUCAUUUGUUUGUUGGAAACUCAAUGUUUAAUGCUUCAUCGUGUUCCCUGUAUGGAAACAACCAGGUGGUGUCAUUAAGCCAGAUCACCCCAAACAGCAAUGUUUCUUGUUUAAUCGUUUAUGAGAGCCCAGUGUUUACCAUUGAUAUGCUGAUCAACAGCAACCUCACUACGAAACAAUUGUUAGGAGAUGUCAUCAAACUCACCAUUCCCUUGUCCAUGGCUAUAAGCAAUAUGAAUGGAACGGGAAAUAAUGGUUUUUGUGAAGCCAUCACUUACUCCACUUCGCAAGUGAUCUAUUUCCAAAUUAAUCCCAUUGUAAUUUAUUCAUCCUCUUCUUUCAACGCGACCUAUAAUCCCUUUGGUUAUGAUGUCAAGUUGUAUCCUCAAAACAUUGGUACCACUUCAAACGGGCUUUUGACCUUUGAUGCCGUCUUAGAAAGUACCAAUACGAGCUUAAUAUCUUUCACCUAUUUCAACAAUUCCAAUUCAGCAUACACGUUAACAGUGACCAAGACCACCCAAGCCUCAGUGGUUGGUACAAAGACCUACUAUCUCAUUACCACACAAUCGUCCGUUGCCGUUUCGGAUUAUAGGGGUGUGAUUUAUUUCAAGGCCUCUUUGAAAUAUUUGGACUCGAAUCUCAUUGUCACGUCCUUCAUACCUUUCAAGAUUGAUUACACCAUUGUAGUGCCACCCUCAGACAAGAAUAUCACAUUGCAAGUGUCCAUGACCACAACGGAUAAUAUGUGGCGAACGAAACAGGUUUUUUCCACAGAGGAAAGUGUCUACUCGCUGGUGCAGUCUCCUGGUGCAGGGUUCAAUGGAUAUCAACUCGCUGUUGAGAGUGCUUACAUGUGUUGCUUCAAAACGUAUCGAUCGGCACCAGUCUAUUCUCCAACAAGUGGACAAUUAGGUUGUACCGUAUUCGAUAAUUCCACAAUGGAUUCAUGGAGGCAUAUCAUCUCCAACUAUGCAGGUGUAGAUCCAACCACAAUCACUUUCCCUCUUUCAUCAAAUCUGUAUGGAUUUGCAUUCAAAUUGAGCUCUGCCAUGUUCGACUCCAAGGAUCCUAGAGUUUGUUAUUUACAGGCCAAUACACGUCUUGUAGCACGAUCGAGAAGUGUCUCGUUGUUUGGAAGAGCAGCCCUUGUUCCAAACUUACCUCCAUAUGCCGUGACUUUGUUGACUGUUGAAGUCAAGACUUUGAAUCUGAACAAGUAUAAUGACACUUCGAAUGCCGCAGCAGACACUUUGGUUGGAUGUGUCAACAAACAAUCCAGGUGGAUAUCAAUCCUAAUGAUGUUGCUAUCUGCCCUUGCCAUGUACUAUAUGACAAAGUAA